ACGACAGCGUACACCGUCCCCGACGAGAAACUCUCCCUCUAGUUUCAUUGCGCCGCUAUCCACAACAGCAAUGGCUGAUUCUCUUACUGAGGAGCAAGUCUCCGAGUUCAAGGAGGCCUUCUCUCUGUUUGACAAAGAUGGAGAUGGUCAGAUCACCACGAAGGAGUUGGGCACGGUCAUGCGCUCCCUUGGUCAAAACCCCAGCGAAUCCGAGCUCCAAGACAUGAUCAACGAGGUGGAUGCUGACAACAAUGGCACCAUUGACUUCCCCGAAUUUCUCACAAUGAUGGCCCGCAAGAUGAAGGACACCGACUCUGAGGAGGAGAUUCGGGAGGCAUUCAAGGUUUUCGAUCGCGACAACAACGGCUUCAUCUCCGCCGCCGAGCUGCGCCACGUCAUGACCUCCAUUGGCGAGAAGCUGACUGACGACGAGGUGGACGAGAUGAUCCGGGAGGCGGAUCAGGAUGGUGAUGGACGAAUCGACUAUAACGAAUUCGUUCAGCUGAUGAUGCAGAAGUGAGCAACGGUCAAUUUGUUCAUGUAUGGUUAUAUGGUUCAGCAAGGGGGCCGUGAUCGGAUUCCCUGCGAUAAGUAAUGGACCAGUCUAGUUCUUGAGGCACUGGCUGCUAAGACGACUUCAUUGGUGUCUCAUUGUCAACGGUUCAGUCUGGGGAGACUGCAAGCUCGAUA